CUAAGUUGCUUCUCUAUUUCCCCCUUUUCGAAAACCAGUUUCAAAAAAACUCUCUCUCUCUCUCUCUCUCUCUCUCUCUCUCUCUCUCUGCAAAAAAUUUCUGGAUUCCCUAAACACGAUGCCAUUCAUCACGGAGACGGCGAGCGCAAUCAAGCGCCGGUUCGGAUUCAAUGACCGAUCGGUGUCGGAAACCGUACGGCCUGUGCCGUGUACGCCGGAUAUCAGUACAGUCGCGAGAGAGAACCACUCUCAGUCUCUCGCUGUCACUUCAGCGAUUCGAAGCAUGGGCGAUUUGGAUGAAGAAGGUACGAGUUGCGAUGGAUCUGUACAGUUGUCGCGGUCUCGGAGCUUCGAAUUCAACGAGGACCCGUCGUUUUGGAAAGACCAUAAUGUACAGGUUGUUAUAAGAAUCCGUCCGCUCAGUAGUUCAGAGGUAUCUCUUCAAGGUCAAAACAAGUGUGUCAGGCAAGAAAGUGGUCAGACAAUCACUUGGACUGGGCAUCCGGAAUCUCGUUUCACCUUCGACCUUGUUGCUGAUGAAUACGUUACUCAGGAGAAGCUUUUCAAAGUCGCUGGAGUGCCCAUGGUGGAGAACUGUGUAGCUGGUUAUAAUAGUUGCAUGUUUGCAUAUGGCCAGACCGGAAGUGGGAAAACUCACACUAUGCUUGGAGAUAUCGAGGGGGGAACACGUAGACACAGUGUCAACUGCGGGAUGACACCUAGAGUUUUCGAGUAUAUGUUCUCAAGGAUACAGAAAGAAAAAGAGACUCGUAAAGAAGAAAAGUUACGCUUUACUUGUAGAUGCUCAUUUCUGGAGAUCUACAAUGAGCAAAUUCUUGACUUGUUAGAUCCAUCAUCUAACAAUUUACAGCUGAGGGAAGAUAAUAAGAGAGGUAUUCAUGUUGAGAAUCUCAAGGAGAUUGAAGUCACAAGUGCCAGAGAUGUGAUUCAACAACUACUACAAGGUGCUGCAAACAGGAAAGUAGCUGCCACUAACAUGAAUCGUGCAAGUAGUCGUUCUCACAGUGUGUUUACCUGUGUAAUCGAAAGCAAGUGGGAAGCUCAAGGUGUAACUCACCACCGGUUUGCACGACUUAACCUUGUUGAUUUAGCAGGAUCUGAGAGGCAAAAGAGUUCAGGUGCAGAAGGCGAACGCCUCAAGGAAGCUACUAAUAUUAACAAGUCUCUUUCUACAUUGGGGCUUGUAAUUAUGAACCUUGUCAGCGUUUCCAAUGGAAAAUCUGUUCAUGUUCCCUACAGAGAUUCAAAGCUGACAUUUCUGCUUCAGGAUUCUCUUGGAGGGAACUCAAAGACAAUAAUAAUUGCUAACAUAAGCCCAUCUACCAGUUGCUCGUUGGAGACACUAAGUACGUUAAAGUUUGCACAGCGUGCCAAGCUCAUCAAGAACAAUGCAAUAAUCAACGAAGAUGCAUCUGGGGAUGUUAUUGCUAUGCGACUGCAAAUUCAACAGCUUAAGAAAGAAGUAUCUCGUUUAAGAGGCUUGGUUAAUGGUGGUGGAGGAGAGAAUCAAGAUGCUGACACUGUAUUAAUGAGCUAUCAUGGUUCGCCAAUAUCUCUCAAGUGGGAUGGGCUCGAUGGAUCUUUCAGUCCACUGACAACUCAUAAGAGAAUGACAAAGGCAAAAGAUUAUGAAGUUGCACUUGUUGGCGCUUUCAGAAGGGAGAAGGAAAAGGACACUGCUUUGCAAUCUCUGGCAGCUGAAAAUGAGGCUGCAUUGCAGUUGGCAAAACAGAGAGAGGAUGAGAUAAGAGGACUGAAAAUGAUUCUGAAGCUCCGAGAUUCAGCAAUCAAGAGGUUGGAAGCUGUUGCUUCAGGGAAGAUUUCUGCUGAGACACAUUUGCAGAAAGAAAAGGAUGAUUGUUUGAAGGAGAUCGAGGUGCUUCGAGCUAAGGUUAACCGAAAUCAGGAAGUUACCAAAUUUGCAAUGGAGAAUUUGCGACUGAAAGAAGAAAUUAGAAGGUUGAAGUCUUACUGUGAGGAAGGUGAACAGUAUAUCAUGAACGAACAGAUUAAAGUCUUACAAGAUAAGCUGCUACAAGCUCUUGAUUGGAAGCUGAUGCAUGAAUCAGAUUCCUCUACGCUGAAAGAUCGUAAUGGUGGUAAUCUGCUAAUCUCAAAUGAGAAUCAAGAUUCGAAGAAACUUUCUUCUCUCCUGGAUGAGAAUGAAUUCCUCCGGUUGCAGGCUAUCCAAAGCCGAGCAGAGAUGGAAGCUCUCGGGAAAUCACUAAGCCGUUCCCUUGAAGAGAAAGAGAGAUUGGAAAAGUGUGUCGAGGGUUUGGUUAAGGAGCUAGAGGAAUUAAGAUCUUCAGGAGCUGGGGAUGUUUCCCGAGCCGACGCAUCUGCCAUCAACUUGGGCGACGACCAAAUGGAGGUUAAAACAAUGGUUGAAGCCAUUGCUUGUGCAAGUCACAGAGAAGCUGAAAUUCGUGAAAAAGCAAUCAAGUUGUCGAAAGAGAAUGAUGAACUACGGCGGAAAAUAAAGGUUCUGAUCGAGGAUAACAACAAACUCAUAGAACUAUAUGAACAAGUAGCUGCAGAAAACAACUCCUCCAGAUCUUCGGAGAAAACUGAGGGUGGGCCUUCAGAUAGUAGUGAAGAACAGAACAACGUUGAAAUGGGUCGUGAGGUUGAAGAAAAUGGGGUGGAACUGAAAAAACAGGUUGAAAACCUGGAGAACCAGCUUACCGAGAUGCACGAGGAGAAUGAGAAGCUAAUGAGUUUAUACGAAAAUGCCAUGAAGGAAAGGGAUGAAUUCAAAAGGUUGAUUUCUUCUCCUGGACAUAACAGAACCGAGAAAAAAGAAGUUAGCUGUCCAGAGAAACUAGUUGAGGUUGAUGGCGAGACAUGUGUUCCCAUGUGCAUCGAGGAUGAAGAAGAUUCAGUCGAGGAGGUUAUUUCUGACCGUAGGGAGAAUCCCGAUUCCGAGAAACAAUUCCAGACUGAUGAAGAAACUAAAGAAAACUGUCCUGAUGUAGAGUCCAAUCAGGCAAACCAAGAAACUCGGGUCGAAGUCUGUGGUUCCUCUGACACUGAAAUGAAGCCUUGUGAUCUUCAUUCUCAAAAAUUCUGGGCAGAUGUAGAAGCUGCGAGACUGAAACUCGAAGUGGCAGAGGAAAAGCUCUCGGACUCUGCAGAUGCCAUUGCGGGUUUCUCAUCGCUCGAAAGAAUUGUUCUUGAAAUCAACAGACUGACAAAGCAAAUUGAAGAGGCUGAAGAAAAAGUUAGAGAACACCAGAAGCAAUUAGGAUCACUCAAACUUGUAUCUAAAGAAACGGAAGUGAGAAAAGCUCGUGCCGAGAAGAAGUUAUCAGCUCUGAGGUACUCAUUGACGAGUUUGGCUUCAUCCAUAGCUUACUUUGAACAGAGAGAAUCACGGGCAAGAGCUCGGGUCAAUGCCUCGUCCAGUCAUUUGAACCAGAAGAAAGAAGAAAUCUCCGUUCUUCGAUCUUGCAAAAAGGAAAUCGACGCUUCUCUGGGCAGAAUCCAACAAUCCGAGGCCGAACUCAAAAGCAACAUCGUAAUGCUGAAAGUAAAGAUCGAAGAAGAGAACCGAAGGCACGAGGAAGAAGAGAAAGUUCUCUUUGCAAUAGAUAACAUAGAGAAAAUCAACACUCCUCAGAAAAACACUCUGCUCACAGGAAAAGCCUUAGACUUGCUGAAAUCCGAGGAGGAGAAGACAAAGCUGCAAGCAGAGACGAAACUUUCCCGGGAAAAACUCGGCUCAGUCAGGAAGGAACUCGAUGAAAUGAUCAAGAAAUCGUCAAAGCUCGAGACCAAGAUCCAAACAGCGGAAAUCGAAAUAGAGAGAGCUUCAAAGGCAUUGGAAGAAUUAGAGCUGGCAUUGCAGAACACAAUCCAAGAGGAACAAGCUCUACAUGAGAUGGUAGAACAAGGGAAGUUCGAGACAGAAUCAACGAUCCUCGAGGUUCAUCAGCUCGUUUUCGAAUCGGAUUUGAGUGAAAACGAGAAAAUCAUCGUGCAGGAAGAGAUUAAAGCCACGGAAUUCGCGAUCAAAGAUAUGCAGAGGGCUCGGGCCGAGACAAUGAAACAAGCAUUGGUAGCAUUGGAGGAGAACGGUUCAGACAAGAUACGAGGAGAGGUAGAGAAUGUUUUGAGCUGUGUCCUUGAAGCGAAGUCGUUGCUUGAUGAAUCUGAUCUAUGAUUUCAGUUUAUUCAGGAAGCAUAUCACUUCCUUGCAUUUGGUUAAAAAUCAUUGGAAUUUGGUUGUGUUGUAAACAGUAUUUUUAUUUUUUGUAGUUCACAAAUUUCCGUAUGCAGUUGGAUAUUAAAUUUA